GCGGAUAUUUUGGCAGAAACAGUGCCAAGUGUUUUGUGGUAAUCUGACGCGCACGUGUUGCAUCGUCAACAAUAAAUGCAGUUAAGCGAGGUUUCAUUAUGUUGUGCUUGCCUAAUUAGAGUUAGUCUUUUUAGAGUACUCAAGCAGAGCAUGAAGCUCAAGUGUAAUCAAAUAAAAUAAUAAUACCAAAUAAAAUGUAAAAUAAAAUAAUAAUAAAAAUACUAAUAAAUGUAACUAUAAUAAAUGUAAUUUGUAGCUGUUUAAAUGAGGAGGUAUUACGUCUAGCGACUACUACCUGGAAUAAUAAAAUGUAAUUUGUACAUCUUACUGCCGAAUAUUGUGAACAAUCAAAUUCGCGCUGAAAUGUAUAAAGGCACCGAUCCCACUGUCGAAACACAAUUUAACAAACUCUAUGUGUAUCCGAUGGGUAAUGUCAGUAUACUUUUUGCCGAUAUCAAGGGUUUCACUGAGUUGGCAAGUAAAACAUCCGCCCAACAACUGGUCAAAAUUUUGAAUGAUCUAUUUGCUCGUUUCGAUCGCAUCGCCGAGGACAACCACUGUUUGCGUGUGAAACUUUUGGGCGAUUGCUAUUAUUGCGUGUCACAGUUUGAAAGCGACAAUUGAAAGACCCGACCGGAUCAUGCGGUAUGUAGUGUGGAGACUGGCUUGCACAUGAUAAAGGCCAUCAAGGAUGUACAGCUGCACACGCAUACGUGUACACAUCUCAGAAGCCACUCUUAAGUGCCUCAACGAGGCCUACGAAGUGGAGCCGGGCAACGGUGGUAGUCGAGACAAUCACUUAAAAAUGUUGAACAUCAAAACGUAUCUUAUAAAGCGCACCGAACCAUUAAGACCAAAACGUCGCUUUGGCACGCGCAGCAGUCAACAUUUGGCCAACACCAUUUGCAGUGCGCCCGGCUGCUCGGAUACCAGCACUCCUACUGCCGUCACAACACCCGCCAGCAUGGACUCCAAAUCCAUAUCUACCACAACUGGUGGCGAGGCGCAACAGCAACAGCAACAACAAACAAACAUAACACCCAAUCCACUUCCACCACUUGUUUCGCUGCAAAAGAAGAAUAUUUCGGUAAACUCAUUGCCAAAUGUGAUGGAAGGUGUAGCGUUGGAUAAUGGCAGGCGUGUGGGUGAUGGCAUCAAUGGGACAGGCAAAAAUGGGGGUGGCGGCGGUUCAACUGGCUUGUCAACGGUGUCAUCACCUACAGCGAUGACUGAGCCCGCAGUGGUUCACCAGCAGCCGUUAAAAUUUAACGGUACCGCAACUAGUGUACAGAAUCUGACCAGCGCACUCGACCCAAAAGCAUUAAUUAUCGAAGAUGAACCAACCACUGAAUGGACACCGGAAAUUCCAUUUAAAAAUCUCAAUUCCCCACAAGACGGUCUCAACCGAAGUGACUCUGUUUUAUGUGAUACCAAACAUGAGAAUGGCCUUUCAAUGACAGUGUUGGAUGAAGAGGUCUGUAAUAUAUUAUUUAAUGUAUGGGCCAAUAUUACUUGCCUAUGGAAGUUUACUGCGAAAUACGCUCCCACAGCUGUUGUAACCUCAUCAUUUGAUGAAAAACGCUUUACACGCAUGAGUUUUUUUGGGUCUGGAAACGGAUGGAAGUUGCUAGGGGUCAAAUUUGGUGGAUACGAUGGAUGCUCCAACAAUUCGAACUUCAUGAAUUUUAGCCUCUACCAAAAUGCUCAUGUGGCAAUGUAUAACAAUAAGAAUUUUUUUCUCUGGCAAACUGGGUCUUUUUCACGAACUUUUCCCUACAGUUGUUCUAAUAUUCAGAAUUUAUUGUUUACUAGUUUUAAAGUAAUCCAUAAAAAAAUUCCUUUUGCAUCACAAAAAACUGAAGCCAACACUUUCUUGGCUAAUUUCUGAACCCGAAAUCGUUUCGGAACCAAAGAACUAGGUUCACAAAAUUCCUUAGCCUGUUGUUUUGAUUUAGGAUCAUGGUGAUAGACCCAACUCCCAUCCAUAGUGGUGUAUCGGCGCACAAAAUCCACUUUGUCCUUUCGAAAACGCUUUAAAUGUUGCUGAGAAAGUCACAUCCGAAUGAAUUUUUGUUCCAUUGUGGCACCCAUUGUGCACACAGCUUUCUGAAACCCAAUACUUCGCUUACAAUGCCCAAUGAGAUGCCUAGGGCUUCUACCAAAUCUCAUUCAGUUACUCGACGAUUUUAUUUUGUAUUUCUUGUAUUGUUGCUGUUUUUGUACGUCCUUGACGUGGAGUGGCUUCAGGGUUUGUACGACCACGUUUAAAUUCUGCAACCUAUCUUCCGACUGUACUAAUUGCCACUGAGCAACUCUGUGGGUUGAAUGGCCGAGCUCCUCCACCAAUUCGUUGUGUACAUGUCUUGGUGUUGCUCCACAAAUGGUGAAACCGGAGCACUACCGAAUGGUAGUCUCGAACCAACUCUUUAGGCUAUGGUGGCCGUUAUACCUGUACAAGGUUAAGUUAAAAUAACGAAAAAUAAAUUCAACGCUUAAUUGGAAAAGCGCAUUUGUUUCCUCAAUAAAAUUUGACAUCUGCACAGAAUGAGCCCAAUUGAUCAAUGCCCAGUAAGAACCCAGUCGAUUUGGGCCCUCCUUCGACAGGCUCGUCAAGACUGACAUUUCGUCAAGAAGAGAGUAGCAAACUCAAAGUCCAUGGAGGAGAGGGGAAAUAAAUUUCUACACGGAUGUAUCCAAGCUAGGAAAUAAAGUAGGCUAUGGAGUUUUUCAAAAAAAAUGAUCGGUUCGACUUCCGGACUACUAUAUCGUUUAUCAGGCAGAAGUCUUAGCCAUAAAGGAGGUAACUGUGUACCUCAACACACACGGCGUAACAAGGACUACGAUAAAUAUCUUCUCGGACAGCCAGGUGGCCAUCAAAUCAAUGAAGGCAGUUAUACUAAGAUCAAAGGUUGCUCAGCAAUGUCUGGCACUUCUAAAUGAUAUUAGCACCGUCUUCAAGGUCAGCCUUAUAUGGAUUCCAGGACAUGGAGAUAUGGAAGGAGGCAACAUUGGAGUCCCUAUGGCAACUUGCAAAUUAAGGAUACAAAAUGAUAUUCUCUAGGAGGCCAAUAGGUCAUGGAGAGAAGAAAAUACGUGUGUUACAACCAGGCUAAUUUGACCGCAAAUAGAUCAGGAGAGUAGAUUAACCUCUUAGGGGAGAACAUCUCGAUGGUCGUGGCAUAUGUCACCGGUCAUUGGCUGUGAGGUAGGCACUCUUCCAGGCUAGGAAUACUUUCGCAUGAAUACUGCAGAAGUUGUAGAGACGAGGAAGAGGAAGAACACUUUCUCUGUAAUUGUCCAGCUUAGCUAGGAGUAGAGCAAGGUUGAAUCUCUUCCGGAACUAUGCGGUGUUGGGUUAAAGCCUAUCCUACGCUUCAUAAAAGAGUCUAACUGAUUCCGUGAAAACUAAUAGGAAGAUUCCCGUGUUACACAGUGGUACCACAAUGGACCUACAUGGGCUAAUUGAGUUUGGCUACUCUAAACUGACUGCUACAAAAACCUCACUUAACCUUACCUGAUUCCGAGGCUCAUUAGGCCUGGUUUCCGCAAUUCUGUUGCCGGGCGCCAUACGCCACUUAUGACUCAAACUCAAAUAAAUUACAAUCAAAUAAUCCCACGCUUUUAACUCUAAUUUGAAUUACUCUAUUUGUAUCUUAAUUUUUGUUAUAAUUCUGUUCUGAGGUAGUUGACUAUGACUGAUCCUUCGAUUUGCUAUUACUUCAUUAUAGGUCCCUUUGUCAUUAAAAUUUAUUUUCUACUUUUUUGUUCGAUUAGCAAUAAAAGCGUGUUUUUUAGUUUUUUUAAGCUAUAUUUUAUUUUCUACUUUUUAGUUCGAUUAGCAAUAAAAGCGUGUUUUUUAGUUUUUUUUUAACUAUUUUUUAUUUUUAGUAUAUGUAGGUGUUUACGAGUAAUAUACUAUUACACAACCGCACACUAAAUACUAACCUCAAUGGUGGUGUGGAAACUAAAAAUUCCCAAUUUUUGUUUAAAAAAAUACCCAAUUCAUGUUUCUACCGGUAUGGCAAUAUUGGCAAAUGUUAUAAAAAAUGCACAUUUUUCAGCGCUCUCACGAGAAAAAGAGUUUCCCAUCUAGUCAUCUAUGUUGUGUGUUCCGAGUCGAUCAGAUUUUUAGAAGCCAGUGAAAAUUAAGCUCAAAGAUUCCGUUACAGUCAUUCAUACAUACAACCCGAGCUAAUAAAAGUGUGUUAAAAAAAUAAAAUAUUAAUCCUGGCAAUCCUAAUAAGGAUAAUGGAAAAUUUAUCUCACAUGUCUCACACUGCACUCGUUCUUCGUGACUAUUUCGCCAAAAAUUCCACGCAUAUCGUUCCGCAACCACCGUAUUCGCCUGAUUUGGCUCCGUGUGACUUCUGGCUAUUCCCAAAACUCAAGAGACCACUACCGGAAAUGGACAAUUUGGCAUGUUUCGGGGAUUGGAAAACUCGUUGGCAUAAGUGUAUUUCAUCGAGAAGGCAUUAUUUUGAAGGGGAUGAAAUUGAUUUACAAGAAUAAAUGACGAUUUUUCAUUUUACAACCAAAUUCACCUUACUUUUUGCCCACAGGUAAAAAAAGAAAAUAUUAAUCCUGGCAAUCCCAAUAAGGAUAAUGGAAAAUUUUUAUCAAAUGUUUAGAAGCCAGUGAAAAUUAAGCUCAAAGAUUCCGUUACAUACAUACAUACAUACAUACAUACAUACAUACAUACAACCCGUCCUAAUAAAAGUGGGGAAUUGCAGAUAUUUACCACGCGAGUGACGCGUG